AUGUCAGAAGCAAGUAAAGUUGUAGACCAAAGUAAGAAGAAACGUAGAAGAAGAAAUUACGACGAUUACGAUAAUGAAAUAGCUCAAGAGGAAAAGGACCUGAAGCAACAGAAGAAGAAUAAAACUUCAGUCCAGGGUAAAGAGGGUGAAGAAUUAUCCAAAUCAGGCUCUACUAAUGAAAAGAAAACCUCAGAGGAUGACUCUGAUUCGGAAUUCGAUGAUGAAAAAUUGGACAGAUUGAUGGGUAAUGAGCUAGAAGAAGAAGAAGACGAUUUGACUGAAAUUGAUACAACAAAUAUUAUCACUAGUGGUAGAAGAACUAGGGGGAAAAUAAUAGAUUAUAAAAAAGCUGCAAGGGAAUUGGAUAAUGCUGAAAAGAAAACAGACUCAUCUACCGAAACAAAGGAUCAAGGUGAUGAUGAUAACGACGAUGACGAAGAAGCUGACGAUGAGGAGUUCAAAGCUUAA